UUCCGGGACCUGCUCAUGUUUCCCAUGGAAGAUGCCUCACUCUCGGUUAUCAGUCGCCAGAGGAGAACUGUCCAUUCCUCAGUGCCAGAAGAUGCUUUGAAGAAGGCCCAGAGUCUCUUUGUCCAAGAGUGCAUUAAAGCAUAUAGCUCAGACUGGUAUGUUGUGAACUACAAAUAUGACGAAUAUUCUGGUGAUUUCCGAAUGUUACCAUGCAAAUCCUUCAGGCCAGAGAAGGUCCCAAGCCACGUCUUUGAAAUUGAUGAAGACUUUGAUAAAGAUGAGGACGCCGCCUCGCUGUGCUCCCAAAAGGGUGGUGUGAUCAGGCAAGGCUGGUUGUACAAGGCCAACGUCAACAGUACCAUCACUGUGACCAUGAAAGUAUUCAAGAGAAGGUACUUCUACCUGACACAGCUUCCAGAUGGCUCUUACAUCCUCAAUUCCUACAAAGAUGAGAAGAUUUCCAAGGAAUCCAAAGGAUGUAUCUUCCUGGAUUCUUGCAUAGACGUUGUGCAGUGCCCCAAGAUGCGCCGAAAUGCCUUUGAGCUCAAGAUGAUGGACAAGUACAGCCACUACCUGGCCGCGGAAACGGAGCCGGAGAUGGGAGACUGGCUGGCCACUCUGCGGAAGGUCCUGCAGGCCAACACGGAGGGGCCAGAGAAGAAGGAGGAGUUCGUGCCUGAUGAUGACUCCAGCAGCCAUGGAAAGUUGGAGAACAUCUUGGAAAGCUUAGGAAGAAGCCUGCAUCCAGAGCUGAUGAAGUACGGCCGAGAAACGGAGCAGCUCAGCAAACUCAGCCGCAGUGAAGGCAGGCAGAACCUCUUCUCCUUCGAUCCAGAAGUGCAGAGGCUGGAUUUCUCCGGACUAGAGGUGGACAUCCGUCCCUUUGAGGAAAGGGGACAGCCACGCUUCCUGUUGAACUGCCACUCCCUGACCUUCAACCUCCUGGCCCAACUGAAGGACAGCUCCAAGGACCCCCCUUCAAAUGUAGAACCAUUCUUCCUCAGCCUGGCUCUCUUUGAUCUGAAAAGCUGUUGCAAGAUCUCAGCAGAUUUCCACGUGGACUUAAAUCCUGGCCCUGUGCGGGAGAUGCUGCCUGACUCUUCCGACCAAGAGCCUGGAAACAGCCCCGUCAACAGCCGUUCCCUCCAUGGCAUGGCGGAGUCCAGCUUGCGCUACAUAAAGCAGGGGGUCUUCUCUGUGACCAACCCCCACCCAGAAAUUUUUCUCGUUGCCCGGGUGGAAAAGGUGCUUCAAGGAAGCAUUGCCCACAGCGUGGAGCCGUACAUCAAGAAUUCAGAUCCUGCAAAGACAGCGCAGAAGGUCCACAAGCUGGCGAAGGUGUUGUGUAGCCGUCUUGGACGGUACCGGAUGCCCUUUGCUUGGGCGGUCAGGUCUGUCUUCAAAGACACCCAAGGCACCUUGGACCUGGAUGGGAGGUUCUCUCCCCUCUAUAAGCAAGAGAGCAGCAAACUCUCCACGGAGGACCUGCUGAAGUUCUUGGCAGAGUAUAAGAAGUAAGGCUGCUGGGACAGGAGGAGCGCCGUCCCCACGGGUGCCUUUGGCUCUCCUCCUCUGCCAGACUGCGUCACGGCGGCCUUCAUCCCCAUCAAGCCCUUUGAGGGACAGGAGCGGCGUGACGGCCUGGCUCUCGAGGUCGAUGAAUUUGUGCCCGAGGUGGCCAAGUACUGCUGCCCGUUCACCGCCUACAGAAACCGGCUCUACAUCUACCCUUUGCAUCUGAAGUACGACGGCCAGAAGACAUUUGCCAAGGCAAGAAACAUCGCCAUCCGGGUGGAAUUCAAGGACUCUGAUGAAGGAGACGCCAAAGCCUUAAAGUGCUUCUACGGCAAACCCGGAGGGCCACUCUUCACCUCGCACGCCUACGCCUGUGUCUUGCACCACAAUCAGAGCCCCGAGUUUUAUGAUGAGAUCAAAAUCCAGCUUCCGAUCCACCUCCACCAGAAGCAUCACUUGCUGUUCACCUUCUACCACAUCAGCUGCGAAAUUAACACAAAGGGGACGGCGAAGAAACAGGACGCCGUGGAGACCACGGUCGGCUUUGCCUGGCUUCCUUUGCUGAAAGACGGGCUGGUUAUCACCUCUGAGCAGCAGCUCCCGGUCUCAGCCAACCUGCCAGCCGGCUACCUGGGCGCCGGAGAUACUGAGGCACGAAAGCCAAAUACCGACCUCAAAUGGGUGGAUGGAGCCAAGGCCCUCUUCAAGCUGAGGCUACACUUGGAGUCCACCAUAUAUACCCAGGAUCGUCACCUGCAUAAAUUCUUCCAGUAUUGCCAGACGAUUCAGGGGGGUGCCAAAGAAGUGCCAGGAGAACUUGUGAAAUAUCUGAAGUGUUUGCACGCCACGGAGAUCCAGGUCAUGAUACAGUUUCUGCCCGUGAUUCUUACACAACUCUUCCGAGUCCUCACCAACCACCCAGGAGAGGAAGAGGUGGCCGUCAACAGCACCAUGGUUCUUCUCUACAUCGUAUCCAGAUGCCAUGAGGGGAGUCUUGACCACUAUUUGCGGACAUUCGUCAAGUACUGCUUUCAGCCCGAGAAACCCAGCCGGCCCCAGGCUAAAAUGACGCACGAAAUCUUGGCAGCAGCCAUAUCAACAAUUCUCAAGCAGUCUGCAGACUUCUUGGCCAUCAAUAAGAUGCUGAAGUAUUCGUGGUUUUUCUUUGAAAUUCUGGUGAAGUCGAUGGCUCUUUAUCUUCUGGAUGAGAACAAGAUUAAGCUUCCCAGGCCACAGCGGUUCCCGGAGUCCUACGGUCACGCGCUGCAUUCUUUGCUGCUCUCCAUUAUUCCACAUGUGAACAUUCGUUACAGCGAAAUCCCAGAAGAGUCGAGAAAUGUCAACUUCUCCUUGGCCAACUUGUUGAAGCGAUGUUUGACCUUCAUGGACCGAGGAUUUAUCUUCAACUUGAUCAACGAUUACGUUUCUGGGUUCAGCCCCAAAGACCCGAAGCUCUUGGUGGAAUAUAAGUUUGAGUUUCUGCAGACCAUCUGUAGCCAUGAGCACUACAUUCCGCUGAAUUUGCCGAUGAAUUUUGCCAAGCCAAAGUUUCAUCGAACGCAAGAUGUCAACCUUGAGUACAGUCUAAGUGAUGAGUAUUGCCGCCACCACUUCUUGGUGGGAGUGCUCCUGCGAGAGACCUCCGCCGCGCUGAAGGACAACUCUGAUGUCCGAUACGUGGCCAUCAGCAUCUUGAAAAGCCUUCUCAUCAAGCACGCCUUUGAUAACAGAUACCAGCAUAAGAACCUGCAAGCCAAAAUAGCCCAGCUGUAUUUACCGCUUGCCGGAAUCCUUUUGGAAAACGUCCAGAGGUUGGCCAGCCCGGGCAACGUGUACUUGUGCACACCAAUGUCCACCUCUGCCUCGCGGGAUGAGUUCCUGAGCAGCUUCACCUCCCCUUCCAACAGGUCAAGCCUCAUUGUCGAUAAAGACUCACUUUUUGGCACCGGCUUCCAGAAUGGACUUUUUUUGAAAAGGGAAGACUCGCGGGGGUCCCUCGCUUCCGAAGGAACUGCUGGCUCCCCCGAUCAGCCUUCCUCCACUGAAAAUAUGCGGAAAAGUUCCACGCGCAGCAGCCUCUCCCACUUUGGGCGGCUGGACCAGUAUGAGAUCCGCAGCCUCCUUGUCUGCUACCUUUACGUCGUCAAGAUGCUGUCGGAAGACACCUUGUUGUCCUACUGGAACAAAAUAUCUCCCCAGGAACUGAUGAACGUCUUGGUUCUGCUAGAAGUCUGUCUAUUCCACUUCCGAUAUGCGGGGAAAAGGAACAUUGGCAGGGUCCAGGACGGGUGGCUGUCCAAACAUGCGAGCAUUGACCGGAAAUCCCAGACGAUGCCCGCCCUCCGCAGCCGGGCGAGCACCAUGCAGGCCCGGCUUCAGCACCUGAGCAGUCUGGACAGCUCCUUCACCCUGAACCACAGUGCCGGCACGUCGGAGGCAGACAUUGUCCACCAGGCCCUGCUGGAAGGCAACCUGGCCACAGAAGUGACCCUGACGGUGCUGGACACCAUCGCCUUCUUCACCCAGUGCUUCAAGAAUCAGCUUUCGAACAAUGAUGGGCACAACCCGCUGAUGAAAAAGGUGUUUGACGUCCAUCUGGCCUUCCUCAAAAAUGGGCAGUCAGAGGGAGCCCUGAAGCACGUCUUCGCCUCUCUGAGGGCUUUUGUCAACAAGUUCCCCGCGGCCUUCUUCAAGGGGAGGGUGAACAUGUGCUCUGCCUUCUGCUAUGAGGUCCUGAAGUGCUGCACAUCCAAGCUCAGCUCCACGCGGAGCGAGGCCUCUGCCCUCCUCUACCUCCUCAUGAGGAACAACUUUGAGUUCACCAAGCGGAAGACCUUCUUAAGGACUCACCUCCAGAUCAUUAUUGCGGUGAGCCAGCAGGUAGCCGAUGUCGCGCUCAGUGGCAGCUCACGCUUCCAGGAAUCGCUCUCAAUUAUCAAUAACUUUGCCAACAGCGACCGGCCGGUGAAGGCGACCACGUUCCCUUCCGAAGUCAAAGAUCUGACCAAGAGGAUCCGCACGGUGCUAAUGGCCACUGCGCAGAUGAAAGAACACGAGAAGGACCCCGAAAUGCUGGUUGACCUGCACUUCAGCUUGGCCAAGUCUUACGCCAGCACUCCGGAGCUGCGGAAGACCUGGCUGGACAGCAUGGCCAAGAUCCACGUCAAAAAUGGGGACUUCUCAGAGGCAGCCAUGUGCUACGUUCACGUUGCAGCUUUGGUGGCAGAGUUCCUUCACAGAAAAAAGUUAUUCCCUACCGGAUGCUCAUCUUUCAGGAAAAUUACACCCAACAUUGACGAAGAAGGUGCGAUGAAGGAAGAUGCCGGGAUGAUGGAUGUCCAUUACACUGAGGAGGUGCUGGUGGAGUUGCUGGAGCAGUGUGUCGAAGGCUUGUGGAAAGCCGAGAGAUACGAGGUCAUCGCCGAGGUCGCCAAGAUGAUCAUCCCCAUCUACGAGAAGCGGCGCGAGUUUGAGAAACUGACCCAGGUGUACCGAACACUCCAUGGGGCGUACAGUAAAAUCCUGGAGGUGAUGCAGAGCAAAAGGAGGCUCCUAGGCACCUACUUCCGAGUCGCGUUCUACGGACAGGCUUUCUUUGAAGAAGAGGAUGGGAAAGAGUACAUCUACAAGGAGCCCAAAUUAACCGGCCUCUCGGAGAUAUCCUUCCGGCUGCUGAAACUCUACGGAGAGAAAUUUGGAGCUGAAAGUGUCAAAAUUAUCCAGGAUUCCAACAAGGUGAACCCCAAAGAUCUAGAUGCCAAGUAUGCUCACAUUCAGGUGACUUACCUGAAGCCAUUUUUUGACGAGAAGGAGCUUUCAGAGAGGAAGACGGGGUUUGAAAGGAACCACAACAUCAACCAGUUUGUCUUCGAGACCCCGUACACCUUGUCUGGGAAGAAGCAUGGAAACGUGGAGGAGCAGUGCAAGAGGCGGACCAUCCUCACCACUUGCAACUCUUUCCCGUAUGUUAAGAAGAGAAUCUCCGUCAGCAGCGAGCAGCAGGUCAACCUGAAGCCGAUUGACGUGGCCACGGAUGAAAUCAAAGAAAAGACCUCCGAAUUGCAGCAGCUUUGUGCUUCGCCGGAGGUGGACAUGAUCCAGCUGCAGUUGAAACUGCAGGGGGCAGUUUCAGUGCAAGUCAAUGCUGGCCCCCUGGCAUACGCCCGGGCAUUCUUGGAUGACAAGCUUCCCAGCAAAUAUCCCAUGAAGAAGGUGACUGAACUCAAGGACAUGUUCAGGAAGUUUAUCCAGGCCUGUGGAAUCGCCCUGGAAUUCAAUGAACGGCUGAUAAAGGAGGACCAAGCAGAAUAUCACGAGGAGCUGAAGUCCAACUUCAGGGAGAUGGUGAAAGAGCUCUCGGAAAUCCUGCACGAACAGAUCUAUCAAGAAGACCCCGGGCAUCCAUCCUGGUUGCCAAACACCCUACAUGUCUUCUGUGCCAUUAGCGGGACUUCCGGAGAAAGAUACGGCUCCUUCUAAACCUGCCUGGAGCUUCAGGAGGGGACCAGGAGAACUUCUCGACACUUGCCAGACCUUUCUCAGGAAUAUUCUGAAUGCUGCCUGAAACUGGGGAACCUCCAACGCCUAACCGGGGGUCUCUCCAUCCCUCUUCCUCACAGGGUACUUAUUUGAACCGGGAAAGUGCCUCCUGUUUCUCUUUUCUACCGGCCUUCGUUGCGUUGUGCUAAACGUGCUUCGAAAAGCAUUGAUCGGACCCUGUUCCACUCAACGCAGGACUCCAGAUCCUGCCCUGUAAAGCUGUACAAUGGAAUAUAAUAAAGUGGGAAGCUGUUUUUGUAAUCAG